AUGCCAGCCGCCUCCCGCUGAAUGGCGCCGCUCCGCCGACGGGCGCUGCUGCGGGCGCUGCUCUUCCCGCUGCCAGGGUUGUGGUGCUUUAGUGAACUCUUUUUUGUGAAGGAGCCUCAUGAUGUUACUGUCUCAAGGAAGGAUCCGGUGGUUUUAGACUGCCAGGCUCGUGGUGAAGCUCCUGUAACUAUUACAUGGCUGAAAAAUGGAGGCAAAGUACCUGAAAAUGAACGGAUCUACACUUUAUCCAAUGGCUCGUUAUAUAUCAGUGAGGUGGAAGGAAAGAAAGGAGAACUGUCUGAUGAAGGAUUUUACCAGUGCUUAGCUCUGAACAAAUACGGGGCCAUUCUCAGUCAAAAAAGUCACCUCACACUAGCAACCAUUUCUUCAUUUGAAGUCCAGCCACUUUCAACAGAGGUCCAAGAAGGUGGAGUAGCUCGAUUUGCCUGUAAAAUAACAGCAAACCCUCCUGCCACUGUGACAUGGGAAGUGAAUCGAACAACUUUACCUUUAGUCAUGGACAGGAUAACUGCUCUGCCUACAGGAGUCCUUCAAAUUUACGGUGUUGAACAGAAGGAUGCUGGGAGUUACCGAUGUGUUGCCACAACAAUAGCCAACAGACGGAAGAGCACUGAGGCAGUGCUGAGUGUCAUUCCAGCCUCAGAUUUGAAGCCUUUUCACAAGCCAUCUAUAAUAGCUGGUCCUCAGAACAUUACAGCAUCUCUUCAUCAAACUGUCAUACUGGAGUGUGUAGCCACAGGGAAUCCAAAGCCAAUCAUCUCAUGGAGCCGGUUAGACCAUAAGUCCAUUGAUGUCUUCAAUACCCGUGUCCUGGGCAAUGGGAACCUCAUGAUCUCGGACAUAAAGGCGCAGCACGCAGGCGUGUACGUCUGUCGGGCCACUAUUCCAGGCACACGAAACUUCACGGUAGCAAUGGCAACUCUCACGGUGCUGGCUCCACCUUCAUUUGUGGAAUGGCCAGAAAGUUUAACCAGGCCUAGAGCUGGUACUGCUCGUUUUGCCUGUCAGGCAGAAGGAAAUCCUGCCCCCAAAAUUUCAUGGUUAAAAAAUGGAAGGAGAAUACACUCCAAUGGUAGAAUAAAAAUGUACAACAGUAAAUUGGUGAUUAACCAGAUCAUUCCUGAAGAUGAUGCCAUUUAUCAGUGCAUGGCUGAGAAUAGCCAGGGAUCUAUUCUCUCCAGGGCCAGACUUACUGUAGUUAUGUCAGAAGACAGACCCAGUGCACCUUACAAUGUUCAUGCUGAAACCAUGUCAAGCUCAGCGAUCCUGCUAGCAUGGGAGAGGCCACUGUAUAAUUCAGACAAAGUGAUUGCAUACUCCGUGCAUUACAUGAAGGCAGAAGGUUUAAAUAACGAAGAGUACCAAGUGGUUAUUGGAAAUGAUACAACCCAUUACAUUAUUGAUGACUUGGAACCAGCCAGCAACUACACCUUCUAUAUUGUAGCUUAUAUGCCCCUGGGAGCCAGUCAGAUGUCAGAUCACGUGACUCAGCACACCCUUGAAGAUGUUCCCUUGAGAGCUCCUGAAAUUAGUUUGACAAGCAAGAGUCCCACAGAUAUUCUCAUUUCUUGGCUACCAAUUCCUGCCAAGUACAGGAGAGGUCAGGUGGUGCUGUACCGCCUGUCCUUCCGCCUCAGCACAGAGACCAAAAUUCAAGUCUUGGAGCUUCCAGGGACUUCAGAUGAGUAUCUCCUCGAAGGCUUGAGACCUGACAGUGUGUACUUGGUUCGUAUCACUGCUGCAACAAGGAUUGGCUGGGGAGAGGCAUCUUUGUGGACUUCCCACCGGACUCCCAAAGCUACAAGUGUGAAAGCACCAAAGUCUCCUGAGCUGCAUUUGGAGCCAAUAAACUGCACAACCAUCACAGUACAGUGGCAGCAGGACUCUGAGGACACUGCAGCUAUUCAAGGGUACAAGCUGUAUUACAAGGAAGAAGGCCAGCAGGAGAGUGGACCAAUUCUGUUGGAUGCCAGUGAUCUUGAGUACACUGUCAGUGGUUUAGAUCCUAGAAGAAAGUAUCAUGUAAGGCUGCUGGCAUAUAACAGUAUGGAAGAAGGUUAUCAGGCAGACCAAACAGUCAGCACUCCAGGAUGUGUCUCUGUCCGUGAUCGCAUGGUGCCACCGCCACCACCCCCUCACCACCUCUAUGCCAAAGCAAACACCUCAUCUUCUAUCUACCUGCACUGGGGAAAGCCUGCCUUCACAUCUGCACAGCUCAUCAACUACACAGUCCGCUGCAACCCAGUGGGGCUGCAGAAUGCUUCUCUGGUGCUCUACCUUCAAACGUCAGAGACUCACAUGUUAGUUCAAGGUCUUGAGCCAAAAACCAUGUAUGAAUUUGCAGUUCGGCUGCAUGUGGACCAGCUCUCCAGUCCCUGGAGUCCCGUAGUCUACCAUACUACCCUUCCAGAAGCACCAUCUGGCCCUCCAGUAGGGGUGAAGGUGACUUUGAUAGAGGAUGAUACUGCUUUGGUUUCCUGGAAGCCACCUGAUGGUCCUGAAACAGUUGUUACACGAUACACUAUCCUCUAUGCAUCCAGGAAGUCUUGGAUUGCUGGAGAAUGGCAAGUGUUGCACAGAGAAGGAGCAAUGACCAUGGCUUUGCUGGAAAACCUUGUAGCAGGAAAUGUCUACUUGGUCAAAAUAGCAGCCUCCAAUGAAGUGGGAGAAGGACCCUUCUCAAAUGCAGUAGAACUAGCCGUUCUGUCAAAGGAGACAUCAGAGUCCAAUCAGAGACCUAAACGCUUGGAUUCGGGAGAUUCCACAGCUUAUUCUGACUAUUACCAUCUGGACCAGAAAUCUAUGACUGGCAUUGUUGUUGGGGUUUGCAUUGCUUUGACCUGCAUCCUUAUCUGCAUCCUGAUCUUAAUUUAUCGCAGUAAAGCCAGGAAAACAUCUGCUCCUAAACCUGUGCAGCAAAGUACUGACCAACUGUCACAUACUAGCAUCUCAUUAGCCAGUGCUAAUGAGGUGGAGAAGAGUAUUGAAGGAAUUGCAGAGAAUGAAGAAACCUUAUUGCCAGUGAUAGUGGGAAACAGCUUCAUUGAUGCUAAGGGGGGUUCUGAUCUGAUCAUUAACAGCUAUGGGCCUGUCACAAAGGCUAACUGCAAGAAAAGGUGGCUGUUCUUCCAAGAUACUAAGAAGAUGAAGACUGAGGAGCCUCAGAGAAGAUUUGCCCAGGCAGUGUGUCUGUACCAGCCAGGCACCACUGUGCUGAUCAGUGAGGAUGACUCCCCCAGCUCUCCUGGCCAGCAGUCUAAUUUCCAGGUGCCUUUCAGUGUCGUUGCUGAUACGGAGCAUUCAGCCAACAGUGAAGGAAGCCACGAGACUGGUGAUUCUGGAAGAUUUUCUCACGAGUCCAACGACGAGAUACUCCUCUCCUCUGUGACAAGUGGCACCCCUCCCACUGCCAGUCCUUUUGUAAGCAGUGACUUGGGUAUGAACAUGGUGAGCACUGCUGUAAGUAACUGCACAGAGCCUCCUCUGCCGUUUGCUACUGACCAGACUCGUACCUCACCUCUCCAGAUACACUCUGCUGUGCAAAACUGACAUCCUUAGGGCCGUGCCAGACAUUCUUGCAGCGUAUGUCUGUUCGAAGGACAAUGAACAGGGAGCCAAAGUUUUAUUGUGGAAAGCCUGACUAACCUAGCAGGUGAUCCCAUAUUUCUGUUGAAUGUUUUUUUUUUUUCUUUUUUUUUCUUUUGUUUGUUUGGUUUGAUUGUUUU